AUGUCUGAACUCAGCAUAUUGGGCUUCAAGCCCUCGUCACAAUCACCAGAUACAGAUAUCGUGCACUGGGCAAUCCUCGUGUCGCCCCUGAUGCCCGCCGGCGCAGAGACACAAAAGACGCAUAAACCAAGAUUCUUCUCGCGAAGGUCCUCAAUCCGGUCCGAUAACAGACACGAAGAUGACUCAGACACCAGACUGUUUGACAUGCACGACCAUCAACUCCGACAACAAAUAUAUCCCAUACCCGUCGAAGGUUCCGAAGAACCAUCAUCAACGACGACCACAGCACCACCAUCUGAAGUCACAGAGAGGCCCUCGAUCAGCCCAAGCGAGGACGUCAACUCACCAACGUCCUCCUCAAUCCAGGACACCUCUGCUUCUCCCGCUCCUGCAACCACAUCUACCACUACUACCUCUACUCCCACAGCAUCAGCAACAACCACAAGCAUCACAUUUACUCCGACCAAUGAAACUCUACCGCUGUGCCUACGCAUCAAACUCGGCACACACCACUCCUGCCCGCACAAAGUGGUCAAAAAGCUCUCGGAUCUACUGUACCAGACGCCCACCUACGGCCCUGAGGACGACUGGCUCCGGGCCGCAGUCGAAACGACACUUGAAGCCGGGAUGCUGGAAAAUCCCAGCUCCAACUCGUCCUCCACCAACAUAACCGUACCCGUGGAGACUUACGACGCCGGACGGAUUGUCGAAUUCGCCCGCGAAGCAGCCAAGGAGGCAGUUUUAUCCCUUCAAAGUGGUUCCAAUCAAGAAGACGCCGCCCAAGUUACAGAACUCGACUACCCCGCCCACUUGGCACGGAUAGCUGGCGUCAAAGCCCUAUUUGGCCAACACAACCAUCACAGCAACCAUUCACUAUCGUCUUUACGGCGUUCCAGACAGUCCUCGCUGUCUCUUCGUUCGCCGUCACCUGCUUCAUCUACUGCUUCCCGAGCCGGCACUCCACGCACACAAUCGCGGACACGACUUGCGGCAGCACCAGCAACAGUGGAGCCUAUCCAAGUUCAAGCUGCCAGCGAUUCGGAACCACAACCCCAACCACAACCACAGUCUCGAACAUCAACACCGACCAUACCAUCAUCAUCAAUGAUACCCAACGAUCCGCCUCCAGCAUAUACUCCUUCCAACCCGCCCAGCCCCACAUAUAGCGUGUCGGCGGCAGAAAUCCCAAUUUCAACUCCAGCAGCACAAUCAUUAGCACCGGCUCAGGCACCACCGCAAACAACCUCCACUCCUCGUCCCGAUUCAACAAGACAACCGCAGCAGCACCCACAGAAAAAAUGCACAAGCAGCAAACUCGCCGCCGCCUCGUCCCUGCUAUCCUCCGCAUCCAGCCGGUCCAAGCGCUCCUUUCUAGGUCUGCGCAUCUCCCCGUCCCCCAACGCCUGUCGUCAACAGGCCGGUGGGAAUAACAGGCCCGCGCGCCAUAGGUGGAGUUACGAAAGGCAGGAUGAUCCGUAUGCUGGACUGAUGUAA